CAUGUGGAUUCUUGCAUGUCCUGUAUGCAAUUUGCAAUCCUACAAUAUAAUAACAUGCUAUCAAAUUUCACAUUUCAUACUCAUUUAAUGAGUAAACAACACUUCCAAAUUUUCUUCAAAGCUUUAAAAAAAUCCACCAUGAGCUCAAACCUACCUCCACAAGGCCAAAUCAAACCACAUAACAAAAAGAAAAUCUUAGUCUAACUGUUGACUUUCCACAAAACCCGUUGAUCAUAAAGUCACAACAUUAAACUAUCACUUACAAUUCUCCAAGUCAAAACUCCAUCACUUAGUGCUAAGCACACAAUAUAAUUCUAUCAAAGGAAUCAUUAACACUUGACCAUAUAAAAAUGGUCAAAAUAUGCACAUAAAAAUGGAUACCUUCAAAGCUAAGUAAUCACAAUGAAACUCAACAAUCAAUCAACAACAACACAAUAAACACACAUUCCCAUUUCAUAAUAUGGGUUCUAAUAGUAACCAUAGUCCAAAAUCAAAAACCUUAACCACCAAUUUAUACUUUUGUUCUCUCCUUUUAUUCACAAACCUAAUAACACUCUUUCUUUCCUCCACUUACUAUUCCUCCACGUGUACACCAAAUUUCACAACAACCACCACAACCGCCAUCGAAGUCGACGACGGCAACCUCCCACUGGAAUUCUUUGCCUCCACGGCACCACAAAAACUCCCGCUUGGUUUCAAUCGUAAUUUCAACUCCGACACUGUUAAUCCUCCCUUUGGAAGCGCCUGCACUCUCUUCCCCGAUGAUCUCCGCCUCUUCAUGUCAUAUGACGUGAACGGAUCUUGUCCAGACGACGAGCUUCUCUCUCAGAGACUCCUCCUAAAAGGUUGUGAACCUCUCCCUCGCCGUCGUUGCCGUCCAGCGGCGCCACCAAAUUUCCCGCCGCCAAUCCCUCUUCCUUCGAGUCUCUGGUCUACACCGUCCAAUUCCUCUGUUGUGUGGACCGCUUACACGUGCAAAUCCUACACGUGUCUAAUCAAUCGCUCGCGCACGCAGAAAGGCUUCGACGAUUGCAAAGACUGUUUUGAGCUCAACGGCCGUGAGAAGCAUCGUUGGACAAACCCUAAAUCCAACGGUAUAGAUUUCAGCAUCGACGAUGUUUUAAAAACCCGAAAACCCGGUUCGAUUCGGAUCGGGUUAGAUAUAGGUGGCGGAGUUGCAACAUUCGCGGUUAGAAUGAGAGAAAGAAAUGUUACAAUCUUAACGACGUCGUUAAAUUUAAACGGUCCAUUUAAUAGUUUCAUAGCUUCAAGAGGGGUUAUGCCUUUGUACAUGAGUAUCUCUCAGAGGUUUCCAUUUUUUGAUAACACGUUGGAUAUUGUUCAUUCGAUGCAUGUUUUGAGUAAUUGGAUACCCGAAACAUUGCUUCAUUUUUUGUUUUUUGAUAUUUAUAGGGUUUUGAGGCCUGGUGGGUUGUUUUGGUUGGACCAUUUUUUUUGUGUUGGGGAUCAAUUGGAGAUGGUUUAUGGGCCCAUGAUUGAGAGUGUUGGGUUCAAGAAAGUGAAGUGGGUCACUGGGAAGAAGCUUGAUAAGGGACCUCAAUUUCAAGAAAUGUAUCUCUCUGCUUUGUUGGAGAAGCCAUUCAAGGAUUCUUGGUGAAUUUCAAUGUCUUCAAAAAUCUAACCGGCUCAAUGCGAGCCGUUUAAAUUAGUUGAAUCCCCCGGCAUAGAUUUUUCACAGUUUAAUAUCCGGUUUAGUUUUUAAAAUACUGGCGAAUAUUUCAUCUCUUUAAAUUUUUCUUGCAAAAUGAAUUUUUCUCCAUCAAACAUGGUCUAUUGUCAUUUUCAGUUGUGUAUUUUUACGUCAGAUAUGUAUUUCAUAAUGAGUUUUGUUCAAUC